CAAAGAGAGAAUUUAAGAGGGCAGCUGGAGGUGAGCCUGCAGGUACAUGGUGAGCAUCUGAACAGAUCGGAUCAGAAUCAUGCAGGCUCUUUUGUUGUUUUGCGUGUGCUUAGGAGCUUUAUCUGUGGAAGGAGCAGUCCUGAAUGAACUGAAUUCCCUCCUCACAUUUAUACCUGAGACUGAUGUUUCAUCCUCACAGCAUCAACCAGUGGAUUCGUCAUCUGCAUCAAGUGAAAAGAGAACCAAUGAAGCACAAAGAACAAGGGAAGUAAGCGACACUGCCACAAACACACAGUCAGUUAUGGGGCGAGCUGAGGCUGUGUGGGUGGAGCUCAAUGCUGUGUUGGAGAGAUGGGGUGGAGCAGCAGGGAAACUAAAUGCAAUCUUGAGCCAACUCAAAGAAGAGAAAAAACGCCUCUUGGACCAAGGGGAAGAGCAGAAAGCAAAGAAAAAGGAAGAGGAUGAGGAUGAAGAAGAAGAAGAGGAUGAUGAUGAUGAGGAUGAGGAAGAAGAAGAGGAAGAGGAGGAGGAAGAAGAAGAAGAAGAAGAAGAGGAGGGAAAGGAAGAAGAGACAGCAGAAGAGGAGGAGAAUGAUGCAUCUAACAGCACCUCAACCCAAGACUCGUUACCAGAAGGCUGCCAAGUGGGAGAAAGUCGAGUAUCCUGCAAGCAGAUUGGCUUGUCCCACCUGCCAGUCAUCACAAACCAGGAAGUCACCAUACUUGAACUGCCUGGGAAUAACUUAACAAGAAUUCCUCCCAGUGGUUUUUCUGGACUGCCAGACCUUGAAGAGCUUGACCUAAGUUUGAACAAGCUGGACGACUCCUCUUUUGGCCUAAGUCUUUUCACGAAUCUGACAAAGCUGAAGAUUCUGAAACUUGACGGCAAUGAACUUACAACAGUUCCACAGUUGCCAUCUUCUUUGGAGGAUCUGAAGAUAAACAACAAUAAAAUAAACCAACUGGCUUCACACAGCUUCAAAGGCUUGACUAACCUAAAAGUCUUAGAACUGACAGGAAACAUCCUCUAUGAGAGCAGCAUUGCACCCUGGGCUUUCAAACCUCUGAAGGCACUCAAGUUUUUACGAAUGGAUAAAAACAGAUUCAGUGGUAUCCCCGCGGGCUUGCCCCCAUCUAUAGAGGACCUGAGGUUGCAGGACAAUCAAAUAGUGGAGGUGCAGGACAGGCUUUUGGAUAAGUGUGUCCACCUGAAGGUGUUAGAUCUCAGUCACAACCUCCUAAAAGAGAACAGCAUCUACCCUGAGGCCUGGAUCAACCUGCGGAUGCUGGAAACUCUUCACCUGUCCCAUAACCAGAUGUCAGUGGUGCCCUCAGAUCUGCCCAAAGCCUUGCGCCAUCUUUCCCUGCAGCACAAUCACAUUCACUCCAUUCCUCCAUACUCACUGAGUCACCUCCGUCCAGGCUUACAGUCCCUACACCUCUCCCACAACCUGUUAGAAGAGAACGGUGUGCUAGGGAAGUCAUUUCGUGGUGUUUAUCAAACACUGGAGGAGUUACACUUGGACAACAACAGGUUUCAAAGGGUGCCAGACAAUAUGCGCCACUUCAAGAACCUCAAGCUACUGCGUCUAGACCACAACCGUAUAAGCUCUGUUCCAGUGAAAUCAAUCUGCAAGGUUAAAAGGACUGAGGAUUCUCUCCUGUCAACCGUCCAUUUAGAGUACAACUACAUCAAUGUGAUGAAAAUCCCUCGUGCUGCUUUCUCCUGCAUUCAGGAUUCCAGCAAGAUCAUACUGGAGCCCCAGAACCAAUCACAGGGCUAGUAAACUGCUACAGAAACAUCACCCUGUCACUUCAAACCUCCCCUCUGUUCUCCUGUCAGUCACUCUAAGACUAAAUACUGUAAACACAAUGUCCAGUAGAUCUAUUAUUAGUGUGCAUGCUUCCUCUUCAAAUGCACAUUUGGGUCGUGUUCAGCAACUUGUAGCAUAAAAUACAUAAUUUUGUUUCUUUUUGUAUUUAAUAAACCUUCUUCUUGUAAGCAAAAGGAAA